UCUGCCGCCCGCACAAGAUGGCGGUGCUGAGGGCUCCGCGGAGCCUCCUGGCAGCCGCCUCCCGCAAGCGCCGGCUCCUCGCCCUCCUUCUGCUGCGGCCUCCGGCUGCCGCCUGCGCUCAGGGCUGGCUGGCGGGGAGCGGGCGGCGGCGGGGCUCGGGGAGCGGCCAGAUUCCACCAAUUAGCAAGCAAAGAUCAUGGCACAGUCUGGGAGGAGAUUAUUCAAGGCCAUUGUUAGAGCCUUCAGAGAUCCUCCCGAGGUGGCAACUCAUAGAGAAGAGAAUGUGUUGGCAUGGCCAUGCAGGUGGAGGACUUCACACAGAUCCAAAGGAAGGGCUGAAAGAGAUAGAUGCCAAAAAGAUUAUCAGAGCCAUGUUUUCUUACGUGUGGCCCAAAGACAGACCAGACCUGAGAGCCAGAGUGGUCAUCUCUCUGGGGUUUCUAGCAAGUGCAAAGGCCAUGAAUAUACUGGUUCCCUUCAUGUUUAAAUAUGCAGUGGACAACCUCAACCAGUUAUCUGGCAACAUCCUGCACCUUGGGGAUGCACCAAACACAGUGGCAACUGUGGCAACUGCUGUGCUCGUGGGCUAUGGUAUCUCAAAAGCUGGGGCAGCGUUAUUUAAUGAGGCUAGAAAUGCAGUAUUUGGGAAAGUAGCUCAAAAUUCAAUCAGGAGGAUAGCAAAGAAUGUUUUCCUGCAUCUUCACAACCUGGAUUUGGCAUUCCACCUAAGCAGGCAAACUGGAGCCCUGUCAAAAACCAUUGACAGAGGAACACGAGGCAUCAGUUUUGUUCUCAGUGCUCUGGUGUUUAAUCUGGGACCCACCAUGUUUGAAGUGGCCCUGGUCAGUGGAGUUCUGUAUUACAGAUGUGGUGCGGAGUUCGCUUUGGUGACCCUGGGGACUCUGGGAGCCUACGCAGCCUUCACGAUAGGAAUCACACAGUGGAGGACAAAGUUUCGAAUAGAAAUGAACAAAGCAGAUAACGACGCGGGCAACGCCGCCAUCGACUCACUGCUGAAUUAUGAGACUGUGAAGUAUUUCAAUAAUGAAAAAUACGAAGCCCAACGGUAUGAUGAAUUCCUGAAGACUUAUGAAAAGGCCUCCCUGAAGACUACCUCAAGUUUAGCUCUCCUCAACUUUGGACAAAGUGCUAUAUUCAGCAUUGGCUUAACAGCCAUCAUGGUGCUUGCUAGCCAGGGCAUUGUUGCAGGCAGCCUUUCUGUUGGAGAUCUAGUAAUGGUGAAUGGAUUGCUGUUCCAGCUUUCUCUGCCCCUAAACUUCCUGGGAACAGUGUACAGAGAGACAAGACAAGCACUGCUAGAUAUGAACACCUUGUUCACACUUCUCAGUGUAGAUACCAAAAUUAAAGACAAAGAGCUGGCUCCACCCCUGCAGAUCACACCACAGACUGCUGACAUUGCCUUUGAGAAUGUGCAUUUUGAAUACCUUGAGGGGCAGAAAGUCCUUGCUGGAGUGUCUUUUGAGGUCCCUGCAGGAAAGAAAGUGGCCAUUGUAGGAGGUAGUGGGUCAGGGAAAAGCACAAUUGUGAGGUUGUUGUUUCGUUUCUAUGAACCUCAGAAGGGAAAUAUUUACAUUGCUGGACAGAAUAUAAGAGAUGUCAGUUUGGAAAGUCUGAGGAAGUCCCUGGGAGUUGUACCUCAGGAUGCUGUUCUCUUCCAUAAUACCAUCUAUUACAAUCUGCUCUAUGGCAACAUUGGUGCCACCCCAGAGGAGGUUUAUGCUGUGGCAAAGCUGGCGGGGAUCCACGACGCGAUCCUGCGGAUGCCCAAGGGUUACAACACCCAGGUUGGGGAGAGAGGGCUCAAGCUCUCAGGAGGAGAAAAGCAAAGAGUUGCAAUCGCUCGAGCAAUGUUAAAGGAGCCUCCGAUUCUUCUGUAUGAUGAAGCCACAUCAUCUUUAGAUUCAAUUACAGAAGAGAACAUUCUCAGUGCCAUGAGGGACCUGGUGAAGCACCGCACCUCGGUUUUCAUCGCUCACCGCCUGUCCACAGUGGUGGAUGCAGAUGAAAUCAUUGUGCUGGAUCAGGGUAAAGUUGUGGAACGUGGUAGGCACAAAGAUCUCCUUGCAAGUCCCAACAAUCUCUACUCUGAAAUGUGGCACACGCAGAGCAGCAAAGCACUGAACAGUCACAACCACCCCCACUGGGAAGGGAGAGGGAGUCGGGUGUCCAAGGAGGAGGAAAGGAAGAAACUGGAAGAAGAAAUAAACAGUAGUGUGAAAGGCUGUGGGAACUGUUCAUGCUGAGUUCUGGUCCUGAAUUCAGUCUCUAGAAGAGGUUAAAACUGCAGCAGGUGACAGUGAAACACAACUCUUGUGUCCGAGUCGGCGUUCAGACAACUUCUGGGUUUUGCAGCUUUUGUGUUCUACUGUUUCUCAGAGGGGUGGAAUUUCAACCAAAGGAAUUCUAUUUUUACAUCUUUAGAAAUCUCUACUAUUCAGUGGCAUCUGCAAGAGCUCAGCUUUUUCAAAAACUUAAAACUUCUCAACCAAGAGUGUAAUUUAUGGCAAUUUUUAGGCAUUGGUAAAUUCUCCUGGUAGUUGCUUGAGGUGGAUUAUUAAAUUGUAGACAGAUCUGUCCCUGGUUUACAUUAUUUCCCAUCAUUAAUGGUUGAUAAAUGUCAUGUUUUAAUUGUAAUUGGGCUAAUUUGAACUCAUUUGCUAGUGAGGAAGGUGCAAUUUAAAUUGCUCUGGUUUAAAAUGCUCUUCCUUGUAAAGAAUAAGAAAAUCCUCAGCAAAAUAUUAGAGGCUUCUAGUAGCAAACUAAACAUCAGAAUUAUCCCUUCAAAAAGAAAUUUCAGACUGGACCUUCAGGAAACGUAUUGGUGUUACUCUACAAGAAAACUGGCAAAAAUCUGGAAUUGACAAAAUAUUGUGUGGCUGCACAGGAGACAUACAGAAUGCUGCAUGUAGAUAGGAAGAAUCAGAAGUUCCCUUUAGAUUAAGAAAAAGUCAGAGCUGAGGAUUAUCAACCCUCAGCAUCUGCUGGAGUAGUCAGAGCAGAAUGCAGUCCCUUUUCCUAUUUCAGUCGUGGUCUUAGGGAGCAAUUAAGAUUCAAUAAAGGCUUCCAUCAAUUUCUAUUAUGUCAUUAAUGUAUGAGAAAAUGUCCUGGAUAAUGGUGAAAGCGUGGCUAGAAUAAUCUCCUCGUGUCAAUAGUCAAAAAACUCUUCAGUGUCAAGAAAAGCUCAGUCUCUGUGGUUUGCAGGACACUGCAGGUGUGUGGGGUUUGUGUGGUGAGGGUUGGGUAGUGGGGGGCUGCACCCCUGAGCCCAUCAGCCACGGUGGUGGUGCCUCUGGGGAGAUGUAUUUCAGAAGAGGGAAAAAAAACCCUGCAGUGGAACAGGAGGUGGAGAGAGGAGUGAGAAUACGUGAGAGGAACAGCUCUGCAGACAGCAGGAGUGGGGAAGGAGGAGCUCCAGGUGCCCAAGCAGAGAUUUGCCCCUGGUGAAGUCCCUGCUGAGGCUGAGUGUCCCCUUGCAGCCCCUGGAGGUCCAUGAUGGAGCAGAAAAGAACCUGGAGGUCCACAGUGAGCAGGUAUCCACCUUCACCCCACAGCAGAGGAGGUGGAUGUGCCCAAAGGAGGCUGAGACCUUGUGGAGAGUCCACACUGGAGCAGGGGAAGGGUGUGAAGAGCAGGGAAGGACAUGGAACUGUCCCCACGCCCCAUUCCCUGUCCCCACGCCCCAUUCCCUGUCCCCAAACCCCAUUCCCUGUCCCCCUGAGCUGCUGGGAGGAACUUGGUGAAAUUGAGCCUGGGAGGAAGGGAGGGGUGGGGGUAGGUGUUUUAAGAUUUGGUUUAUUUUUUUCAUUACCCUUCUCUUACUUCUGAUUGGCAAUAAAUCAAUCUCCCUGAGUGGAGUCCCUUUCUCCUGUGAUGUCCCUGUCCUUGUCCUGACCCACCAGAUAUUUGGUUUAUUUUCUCUCCCCUGUGCAGCUGAGGAGGGCAGGGAUGGAGCAGCUUGGUGGGCACCAGCAUCCAGCCCAAAGUCAGCACACCCCAACAGUAUUGUGGCUUUUUUAGGCUUUGAGGUAAAUUUUCAGGGGGAUUUACCAGAUGUUAGCCAUGGUAUUUAUUAUUUCCUAUGUCUCUAUAUAUGUAAAAAAAAAAAAAAAAAAAAUUAUAGGAACUGUUCAGGUAUAAUUCUUCAUGGUGAAUUUAAAAAUAAAAAUCUUUGUCUUAUAUGUUGAAAAGGAAUUUUUUUUCCCUCUGGGGAACGAUACCAGUAUAAUUACACUGAUAAAUUAUGUUUGUAAAUCAGAUGCAAGAUUUCUUAAGGUGGGCAGUGGCAAAGCACUGAAUUUCUGGAGCUUUAGUUGCAAAUAGUGUUUAUUUUUUUUUGUUACACCCUCCCCUGAAACUUAAUAGAGGAACAAUAACUUCAGGGAAACCUUUGCUCUCUCUCCUGCUAGGCACUCACUUCCUCUCUGUGAAAAUGAUGGGUGAAAAAAACCCCAACCUGGCAUCAAUCUCUGGGUGAAAAUUAUUUUUAAAGCAUAAGGAAUACAAGGACUUGGAUUUUCAUCCUUGGAAUGCAAAGCAAAGUGAAGUCUUGUUAACGUGGUAGUAAUUCCAGAUUCUUCUGGCAUACAAUCUGCCUUUUAUUUUCACUAAUUGUCUCCUUUUUUGGUCCCUGACAGCAGUAAGUUUGACUAUAAAGGUUCCGUUAUCUCUGAACUGCCAGGAACUGUUAGCAAAGGUUUAUUAAAAAGUCUUUUUAUGUUGAAAUCCAUAAAGGGUUUGAUCCAGCUCCUGUCUCUGCCGUGGGUUUUGAUGCUGAUCAAGGUGCUGCAGCUUUGUCCAGCUCCAAGGGGCUGAGGGGAGAUGACUCUAAUGAGGGCUUGUCCUAAAAGAGGAAGAGUUGUAAAUGAGGCAGCAUUUGGGGGAUGUAGGACUGAGACUUGGUGCCUCUUGCCUGCUAGAAAGUAAAUCUUGGGCUCUCUUUUUUCUUUCUUUUUUCCUUUUUCUUUCUUUCUUUUCUUUUUCUUUUUUUCUUUUUUUUUCUUUUUUUUAAUUAUUAUUUUUAACUUUUAUUCCUGACUCCCAGGUGUCACCCUAUAAAGGAGACAUUUCAAACACUGGAUGGGAGAGUCAUAACUUUGGAGAGGCUCUCACAGCAGAGCACUGAUUCCUGAGACAGGGAAUGUGGUGCCUCUUUCCAAAGGAAAUGGAUUAAUUUUGGAGCCUUUCACAGCCUCUCUGGAUCUUGGUAAUUCUGCUUGUGCUGUAAUCAGGAACUUCAUUUUUCUAAACAGCAGCUUUUCAUACUCUGGACUUUUAGCUGGUUCUUUUUCAAAAUUCAGGUCAUUACCAUCAUUGUAAAAAUCCUUGUCUGCAAUUUCAGAGUGGAAAAAAGACAUUUAAUUUCUCUUUCCCUUUUCUCCUGUUUUCAAAGGAAAUGUGUUUGUGAAAAAUAUUUUUAAAAGGAGCUGCUGCUUGCAGUGUGCAGUCACCUGGUAACUAUGAACCUACAGAAUUUCAUUUUAAUUCUCAUGUAAAGCCUUACAGGCACGGGGUAUGAAGACACAGCACACAAAGUUUUGGCUGUUUUGCUUCCAGAUGAACAAAUUAAAUUAGUGGUUUGGGGAGGUUGUUUUGCAUUUUACAGGUAGAAAUUCAUCUUUUGCUACUUGCAGGUUUCCCUCAGUUUACUCUCAGCAGUUGUUACGUGGAUUGGUAGUUACCCACUUCUCCUAAUGUUGAGAUUUUAAAUUAUGUUCAAGUUUAUUUGCAGAAUGGAACUGUGAAAUACACAUUGACCAGGAAGGUGAUGGAUGUUCAACUGAAAAAAAAAAUAAAUAUUAAGAUCAUGUUGUGUAAACAUUCUGCUGGAAGAUUUCUUACUCUGCCUCCUGUUGUUCAUUUGUGUGUAGAUAAUUAUUAUUAAAUAAAAGAUUUAUAUUUGUGAAUAGAA